UUGGCCCUUACACUCACACUCACUAUGGCCGACGCGGGAUACCUCGGGGUGACUCCCCCCAUAUCCACAGCGCCUUCGAAUGCGCGCGAGCUGGAGGUCACCAAGACGCUCAUGGACGAGCUGAAGGCGCAGAACCAAUUCGAAUCGGAAGAGGAGGCACGAAGAAGAGAGCUGGUCCUGGGCCGCAUCGCCGCCCUCGUCAAAAAGUUCGUGCGCGACGUGUCGCUCGCCAAGGGCAUGUCGGAGGCCGCAGCGACAGCCGCAGGCGGCAAGAUCUUCACCUUCGGAUCGUACCGCCUCGGGGUGCACGCGCCGGGGAGCGAUAUCGACACGCUCUGCGUGUUCCCCAAGCAUGUCUCGCGGGACGACUUCUUCACCACAUUCGAGCCGAUGGUCAGGGACAUGGAGGACGCGGUCGAGGUCUCGGGUGUGCCAGAGGCUUUCGUUCCCGUCAUAGGCGCGAAGAUAUCCGGCAUCUCCAUGGACCUGCUCUGUGCCUCGCUCAACAUGUCAUCUAUCCCCGACGAGCUGUCGCUGAACGACAACAAUCUGCUGAAGACGCUGGAUGAGAGCGUCGUCCGCAGCGUCAAUGGGACGCGACUGACGGACGAGCUGCUGCGUCUAGUGCCUAACGUGCAGGUCUUCCGUGACGCACUGCGGUGCAUCAAGCUAUGGGCACAGCGUAAAGCCAUCUACUCGAACGCAAUCGGGUUCCUGGGUGGGGUGGCUUGGGCCAUGUUGGUUGCGCGCGUGUGCCAGCUCUAUCCCCAUGCUGCCGCCGGUGCUAUUGUAGGCCGGUUCUUCACGAUCAUGUCCAAAUGGCAAUGGCCGACACCGGUGCUACUCAAACAGAUCGAGGAAGGACCGCUGCAGGUUCGAGUGUGGAACCCGAAACUUUACGCCGGCGACCGCGCGCACCGGAUGCCCAUAAUCACACCGAACUACCCGUCGAUGUGCGCGACGCACAACGUAUCGGGGUCGACGCUGGAGGUCAUGUCGGAGGAAAUCAGGAAGGGCGCCGCGACGCUGGAGAGGAUCAUGGCCGGUUCGGCGGCGUGGUCGGAGUUGUUCACGAAGCACGAGUUCUUCCAUAAGUACAAGAACUAUCUGAUGGUUUUCGCCCUUGCGAAGACGGAAGCCGCUGCGACGAAAUGGAGCGGCACCGUCGAGUCGCGACUGCGCCAGCUCGUCAACCGGCUGGAGUAUGUCCCCGGCCUGCGUCUCGCGCACCCGUUCAACAAAAGCUUCGACCGCGUGGUGCGCUGUGAGACGGAACAGGAACAGGCGUCCGUGAUGCGCACGGCGGAGUUCACCCCGGAAUCGGAGGGGCCGCAAGACGAUCCGCGGAACGCCGACGCCAAAUUCAAAGUAUACGUGUCGACAUUGUUUGUCGGGUUGGGCGUCGCACCAAAAGAUCUCGCGAACCCUCUCCCGAGGCGGCUGGAUGCGUCGUUCGCGAUCACGGAGUUCGUCAAGAUCGCCAAGGGCGAGACGUUCGACGAGGCGAACACCGGGAUCGUGCUCCGGCAUAUCCGACACGGUGCGCUGCCGGAUUACGUCUUCGCACCCGGGGAGCGGGAGGCGGCGUUGGCUAAAGUCAAUGGCCGGAAGCGGACGAAGUCGCUUUCGGGGGGGACCCCGGUUAAGAGGCCGAGGCUGUCAACUGCGUCUGUAUAAUGUGGAACGGUGUAGUCGAUUUCGCGAUAAAAUUCCUCCUGAUAUCUUUCAAACCGAUGCUUUGGGACUGUUAUAUAUAACGGGCAAUGCUCGAUCAAUUGACGAGAUUAAAAUCCAUAAUCGUAAGA